AUGUGGCUAACGGAUCCGUCCGAUCCCGAAAGUCUGUUCACAAUAUACCGGUUCAAAGUAAUAUUAUUCGGUGCUGUUUCUUCUCCGUUUAUUUUAAAUGCUGUCGUCAAAACGCAUUUAGAAAAUAAUCUCGACAGCUCUACCGCAAAUGAUCUCAGAGAAAACACCUAUGUGGACAAUAUUGUUACAGGGACUGACAACACAAUUGGAGCAUCUGCAUACUACAAUGAUGCUACCCAACUUAUGAAUUCAUGUGGAUUUAAUCUACGCUCGUGGGCAUCAAAUUGUGACGAACUCCGUUCACUAGCAAGAAAGGACAAUGCUCUUGAUUCUAAUUCUACGGUUAACGUUCUUGGAAUCCGUUGGUUAACUGAGUCCGACCAGUUAACUUAUACAAAGAAAGUCGGCUCGCCACAGCCAGUCAGUCUGACUACUAAACGCGAGGUCGUCAGGACGACCGCCGUCUUGUACGACCCCCUUGGAUAUCUCUCUCCAGUACACAUAAAGGCAAAAUUGUUUGUUCAAGAUUUAUGGAAAAGAAAACUCGCUUGGGACGACCCAGUAGACGAGAACAUACACAAACAAUGGAUUGAUAUCGCUGAAGAUUUAAAUGAAAUACGGAACACUAAAAUUAAACGCCAAUAUUUCAACGAUGACGGAACUAUAAAUUCACACAUUCAUGACAAUAAGAAUGUUGAAUUACAUGUGUUUGCCGAUGCUAGCAGUAAAGCAUAUGGUGCUGUCGCUUAUCUUCGUCGCUAUGACAACCAAACUUCGCUCGUUAUGUCAAAGACACGUGUAGCGCCCAUGAAAGAAUUAACCAUACCACGCUUGGAAUUAAUGGCAGCUUUAAUCGCUUCUAGGUUGAUGAAAUUUGUGUUCAACGCGCUCAAAGACAAGUUGAACAUUACGAGUUGCACACUUUGGUCAGAUAGCCAAAUCGUCCUGCAUUGGAUAGGUAGCAACAAGAAACUACCCACAUUCGUUGCGAAUCGCGUCAAAGAGAUCAACCAGUUUCCAUGUAAUUUCAAAUAUUGUCCAACAACCGACAACCCUGCAGACAUGAUAUCUCGCGGAAUAUCCGCCCGGAAAUUGGAAAAUUGUGAUCUUUGGUGGAAUGGACCCCCCUGGUUGAGUCAAGGUGACUGGCCAAUCUGUGAUUUAUAUGACAGUGCUGUUCAUCAUAUAUCAACAGCCGACACUUCAGAAGGCCAACUUGAACACACCCCUCAGUCUGACAUUCCUACUGAAACAGGAAUCCAGCACGUGGUCGAUGCGACACGAUACAGCUCUCUAAACAAAUUACUCCGAGUAACUGCACUGGUAUUAAGAUUUAUAUCUAAUACAAGACACAGAAACCAAACACCGAAAAGUGGAUACCUCACAGCCGAAGAAAUUCAACGCGCUGAACACUUGUGGCUUAAGGAUAUACAACAAGCCGCGUUUUAUGAAACCAUUAAAUCUCUACAACAUCAACAGACAAAAAAUGGCUCGCUUGUGAAACAACUUAAACUCUUCGUAGACGAACGUGGUUUACUUCGCUGUGGUGGGAGGCUACAUAAUGCUCCCUUACGUACGGACACAAAAUUUCCUAUACUUCUGCCUAAUAAUCACAGGUAUACCGAUCUUCUGAUUCUAAACGCCCAUGCAAGUGUACUUCAUGCCGGAGUACAAUCAACGGUGACUCAUAUCCGUCAGCGAUAUUGGAUCGCGAAAAUACGCCGAGUCGUAGGUAGACUUCUACACAGCUGCGUUACCUGCCGUAAAGUAAGCGGGAAGCCCUACCAGACACCACUACAAGCACCGCUUCAAUCGUGUCGAGUGAAUAUAACUUCGCCCUUUACCGUGACUGGGGUAGACUUCACUGGUGCUCUACACGUGAAAUCUCCUGAGACAGCUAAAGAAACGAAAUCAUACGUAUGUUUAUUCACAUGUGCAGUGACGAGAGCCGUAUAUUUAGAACUUAUGCCCAAUCUAUCAACACAAAGUUUUCUUCUCGCGUUUCGCCGUUUUGUCGCCAGACGCUCGUUGCCAGGAAAACUAAUAUCGGACAAUGCAUCCACGUACUUAUCAGCCGCUAAUGAACUGAAUCAAUUAUUCGACUCUCCGGACGUGAAACAAUAUCUAGCUAACAAACGCAUACACUGGCACUUCAUUCCUAAACGUGCACCAUGGUAUGGAGGUUUCUGGGAACGGCUCAUCGGAAUGACAAAAAACGCGAUCAAAAAGGUAUUAGGGCGAUCCUAUAUCUCGUUUGAAGAAUUACGAACUGUACUAACCGAAAUUGAAACGACUCUAAAUGACCGUCCAAUCGCUUAUGUUUCCGGUGAUAUCGACGAUGCUACGCCAUUAACUCCAUCUCAUUUAUUACAUGGACGUCAAAUGACAAUAUUACCUUACCCGGAAAUAAGCGACGAUGAACUCAACGACCCGACCUUCAGUAACCAUGACAACGUAAACAAACGAUACGCACAUCUCGCUAGGUUACUCGCGCAUUUCUGGAAACGCUGGACAGCGGAGUAUUUACCUGCACUACGCGAGAAUCACAAGUUAACCGGCAAAACAGACAAUAUAAUCAAGGUCGGAGACGUUGUCCUCGUCCACAAUGAUAUUGACCAUCGCAUUAAAUGGCCGAUGGCAGUUGUUGAGGAACUUGUCUACGGAAGAGACAAACUCGUACGAUCAGCGUUUAUUAGAACAAAGAAUGGACGUACAAACAGACCUAUCAACAAAUUAUAUCCACUAGAAAUGAACGCUGACGUCACAACCAUGGAUAUACCUCGUGUAAAUAUAGACACAACGCAUUUGGAUUUACCUGCUGAUCCUCGAACUUCGGGUAACAACAUUGAACCACGCCCAAAACGGACUGCCGCUGUUGUUGCACGAUACCGUAUCUAG